UUCGUUGGUUGGAUUUGACUGGAUGACCCAUUUGACUCCGCCCAUAUUACAGGUCAAAUUUAGGGGAUUCCCCAACGCAUGGAAGAAAAGUAUAAAAAUAUUCUGCUGGCAAACUAUAUACUUAAAACCCCCGGCAAUAACAAAUGUGAAUUUACAUACCGAGUUAGCUAGCUACACUUCGCCGGCAACACUGUGCAAUCAGGAGUUUCGGGGUAAUCAGAUCGGAGAAGCCCCGGUUGGCUUUUCUUCCCUGCGUGCUGCUUUCAGGUCCUAGAGAACGCUAUCAUGGCUGAUCUGGUGGAGAACGUGUCUCUUCCCCUUAGCCAAGAGUCUUUCGAGGACCUGUGGAAAAUGAAUUUGAACCUGAUGGCAGUUCAACCACCUGUAACCGACGCUUGGGAGGGAUAUGAUAAUUUCAUGAUGGAGACCCCUCUCCAGGAGGAAUUUGAUCCGAGUCUGUUUGAGGUGUCUGCAACGGAGCCUGCACCCCAGCCCUCCAUCUCUACCCUGGACACUGGCUCGCCACCUACCUCCACCGUACCAACCACCUCUGACUACCCUGGGGCCCUGGGGUUCCAGCUACGUUUCCUCCAGUCCAGCACAGCCAAGUCCGUCACUUGCACAUACUCGCCAGACCUGAACAAGUUGUUCUGCCAAUUGGCAAAGACUUGUCCAGUUCAGAUUGUGGUGGACCACCCUCCUCCUCCUGGGGCAGUGGUACGAGCCCUGGCCAUCUAUAAGAAGCUGAGUGACGUGGCUGACGUGGUGAGACGCUGCCCUCACCACCAGAGCACCAGCGAGAACAAUGAAGGUCCUGCCCCGCGAGGUCACCUGGUCAGAGUUGAGGGGAACCAGCGAGCAGAGUAUAUGGAGGAUGGUAACACUCUGAGACAGAGUGUGCUUGUCCCCUAUGAGCCUCCUCAGGUGGGAUCAGAGUGUACCACUGUGCUCUACAACUUCAUGUGCAACAGCUCCUGUAUGGGAGGGAUGAACCGCAGACCCAUCCUCACCAUCAUCACCCUGGAGACACAGGAGGGGCAGCUCCUGGGCCGGCGCUCCUUUGAGGUGCGUGUGUGUGCCUGUCCUGGUCGUGACAGGAAGACAGAGGAGAUCAACCUGAAGAAGCAGCAGGAGACAACCCUGGAGACCAAGACCAAGCCUGCCCAGGGAAUCAAACGCUCUAUGAAGGAGGCCUCCCUGCCUGCCCCUCGGCCUGAGGCCAGUAAGAAGACCAAGUCCUCCCCUGCUGUGAGCGACGAUGAGAUCUACACUCUUCAGAUUCGAGGGAAGGAAAAAUAUGAGAUGCUGAAGAAGUUCAAUGACAGUCUUGAACUGAGUGAGUUGGUGCCUGUUGCCGACGCUGACAAAUACCGUCAGAAACGCCUCACCAAGAGAGUUGCCAAACGGGAAAUCGGAGUGGGGCCGAAGAAAGGGAAGAAACUACUGGUGAAGGAGGAGAAGAGCGACUCUGACUGAGAAGGAGAGCGAGUCGUUCCAUGUCAUUUCAGCAAGCCAUGACACCCACCACCUGAUUGUUCUGAAAUUGUUUCUGUAAUUAGAAACAGGUAAGAUUGGCAUUCCUAAAACAUUUUGUUGAUAUGUAAAUUUUAUCUUGGCGAAAUUAAGCUUAUUGAUUGCACCCAAGUUGGCCAUUUUAAUUGACGGGAUUCAGAUAAUAUUCAAGAAAUAUAGUACCCAACAUCUGAUUUGGAUAAAACUUCUUCCUACCAAUGAGUAAGACAUGAUGAAUCCCAAAAUAAAUUGGGGCGGGGACCCCAUGCCAAGCCCACCCCCUACAUCCAGUAUACAGUUUCAGUUCUGUUUGACAAGUAGUAUGGAGCUGUAUGUUGUAUUUUCUGAAUCCUAUUAAAAUAGCCAAUUUGGGUGCAAUCAAUUAUCUUAAUUUCUCAGAUCAAAUUAUAUUUCAACAAAAUGUUUUUCGGAAUGCUAAUCAUAUGUUACCAACUACAGAAAUGAUUUCAGAACAAUCUGAGAUGGUGGGUGUUAAUCCUCUUUCUUGUGCUUUUUGAGGUGGAACAACCUGAGAGAAUUAACCCGUUCUGCUUUGUUUCUGUUCUGCCAGAUAACCUUUUCUGUUGAUUGAGGGAAUGCAAGUACGGUGAACUGUUGAUGCUUGCAGCUUACUAGCUUUGUGUUAGCACCUGCUUUAGGUCUCUUAAGUGCAGUUUGAGGUUAUUUUUCUGUCAUGCUUAUGGGCAGCUUUGGUGCACACAUCAGUUGGUUGGUGGCCCAUGCAGAUCCUGAAUCCCUAUUCUAGUUUUACUCACUCUGAGGACAAUGAACUCUUGUCUUGUUAGACUGUCUUGCUUUUUGUAGAAUUGUGAAAUUAUCUACUUUUCUAUAUAGUAUGUGCAUUCCCCUGGGUUCUUGGUACUGUACAUUUAGCUAACAACCUAGCAUGGCCAUCACUGUCAUUUUUGCUUAUGAAAGAAAAGUAUGUAUUAGAGUACAGGGGCCUGACUGAGCCUUACUGUGGUUCAUAACUGAUGAUGUUUAGUUAGCGAGUCCUAUUAAUAAGAUCCUUACUUGAAUAAUGGGUGACCGUUUCAACUGAACAUCUACCUCCCUAGUAAUUUUAUAUUGUUAACUGUAAAGUUUAGUGUUUUUGUCCUGCCACUGCCAUACAUGCGUGUCUUGCUCAACAUGUCUGUUCUGCGACACCCCUUUUACCAUGAUGUAUGCUUUGGUAGUGUCUUAAGACAGCCUUACCGGAAGAGUAGCUGAUUUGGUUCUGUGUGCCUGGAAUAAGUUUGGAGUAAAGAACCUUCUACUGUUCUGCCAAAUAGACUCCCCUCACUGGUAGAUGCUUGCUGUUUUCAGUACAGGAGUUUGUAAGACACUGCAGAAAUAUAGUAAAAAAGUGUUAAUUGCAGCCUUAGUUGGAUAUUUUUUAAGGUCCAAUUAUUGAUUCUUAUCUUUUUUGUAUCCUAAAAUGUUUUUCUACCCUUUUUUAUUUUUGUUAAGAGGUAGAGUAUACACACACACACACACCGGAAUAUCUACCAAACAAACACUUUAUUACACUGCCACAGAAAUACAUUGACUUUUUCAUGAAAUUAUUAAAGAAAAAAAUGUACUUUU